UUUUCCUUUUGAACUUUUCCUGUUUUUUUCCCCCUAAUAUUCAUCUUAUCUCCUUACAGUCCCUGCGACACAAGAAGCAAGAACAGCUGUAAGCUAUGASGUCCGUGUUCCUCCUGCUGUCCCUCCUGCUGGCUGUGGUUGAUGUUCAAGGAGGAUCAGAGUUCAGAAUCUGUGCCUUCAACCUUCAUCAUUUCGGGGAAUCCAAAUCUAACAAGAAUGACAUCAUGAUAACUCUGGCCAGGAUAAUUACUCGUUGUGACGUGUGUUUGCUUCAGGAGGUCAGAGACCGUAAAGGAACAGCCGUAUCAAAGCUGCUCCAAACGAUCAGAAGAUAUGACACGAGGAACMAGUAUGACCUUUUGGCCAGUGAGAGGCUGGGCAGGAAAGAGUCAUAUCAGGAGCAGUAUGUGUUCGUCUACAGGACCAACACUGUGGAGGUUGCUGGUCAGUAUCAGUACCCAGACAAUCUGCCAGGAGAUGAAGAUGCUUUCUCCAGAGAACCUUUUGUUGUUCGCUUCAAAGCCCCAAAKACCUCUAUACAGGAGUUUGUUCUCAUCCCUCAACACACCACUCCGGUUAACGCCACUAAAGAGCUGGAUGCCCUGUAUGACGUUCUGCAGAAAGUAAGAAGGAUGUGGAAAACUGAGAACGUGAUGCUUCUCGGGGACUUCAACGCCGACUGCGGCUACCUGGCCAAGAAGAACCGGAACAAAGUGCGUCUGAUUACAGACAGGAACCUCCAUUGGCUGAUAGGAGAGAACACCGACACCACGGUGAAGCACAGCACGUCCUGCUCCUACGACAGGUGA